AUGGACAGAAAAGUAUAAUAAUCAUUAUUAAAAUUAAUUUAUUCUCAAUUAGUAACUUAUUAAUUUGCUAGUAGAACAAUAGCAAUGAAAUAUUGUACAUGCCUAGCCAAUGGUGUAAACGGGUACAACCAAAUUUGGUGGUUAAAAAGCAUAUUGAUAUAGUUCAGUCAAGUGAGUUUCAAACAAACAAACAUAUUUUAUUACUAGAGAUUUAACUGUAAAAAUUAUUUUAGUAAGUGAAAAAAUAAAAAAAUCCAAGUAUUGUAAAACCACAAAUAUUAGAUAUGGGCCUAAUGAUCGACAGCUUUUAGACAUUUAUGAAAAUGACUUGAUAUCUUCAGAUAAUACGUUUGUUUAUGUACAUGGAGGUUAUUGGCAAGAAUUGAACAAAGAUAUUUCUGCAUAUUGUGUAGAACCUUUAGUAAAUGCUGGUAUUCGAGUAAUUAUACCUGGUUAUGAUCUUGCACCUACAGGUAUGUUUUAUGUUUUUAUAUCUAUUGAAUAUUGAAUUUAAUAGGUACCUAUUCGGACCAUGAACAUAUGUCAUAUACAUAUUUGUAGAAAAAAAAAUUACAUUUUUCAGAAAUCUUUAUUUUUAACCAUAUAAAAUGAUUUAUUUUUAUUAUUUUUUAUGAUAUUAAUAAUUUUUAAUGUUUCUGUAAAUACAAAUGUUCUACCUAUACAUUUUUAAUAAGUUCCCUUGUAUAUGAUUUGUAUGUGCAAUCAGCCACUAAAACCUAUUAUUCAAAUGUAUAUACUUACUGAAAAUGUAUAAAAUAAUUUAAUAUAAUAUGAUUUUACUAUAGUAAGUAGCUAUUGAUUUAGAUAAAUAAUAAAUAUGUUCAUUAGAAAUGUAAUGGUUUUUUUUUUCCAGUAACACUAAAUAAUAUUGUUAAAGAAAUUCAUCAACUUUUGGAAUAUUUAACAAAUUGUUUAAAAUAUAAGUAAGUUGAACUCACUUUUUUUAACAAAGUUUUAUGCUAGUAGUACCUAUUUAAUAUUAGUUAUAACAAUAAUUUAAAAAUUAAUUAUCCAUUAUUUCAUUAAUCUUAAUUUUUAUAUUAAAUAUGUACUAUACAUAUUACUUAUAUACUUAUAUACAUAUAUACUUCGUUAUCUAGGAAAAUAUUCAUUUAAGAAAUAAAAAGCUUUAAAAUGUUAGAUUACUAUUAUUUUUUUUCACCAUCAUUUUUAAGUGUGAAACGAAUACCUACUUUUGAUUUUAAAAUGACAAUGUAUAUUAAAAAUUACAUAAAUAGAUGGAGUAUUAAUUUAAAUAAUAUAUUUUAAUGUUGACAUUUUUUAUUUCUAUCAAUCUUUUGACAAGAUAUUCCACAUUUAAGUUUGAAUUGAAGGAGAAUAAUAGAGCACUAUUCAAAUGCCAUAGGUUGUGCCACCACAUAAACAAUUUUUCACUACUCUUCCUUUACUCAAAACUUAAAAGUUUGUAACAAUUACUCUGUCUAUUUAUGGAAUUUGUAAUAUUUAUUGUUGUUUGAAAAUAAAAUGUAGGUAGUCGUUUAACUCUGAAAAAUAAGGAUGAAAAAAAAUGUAACAAUUUAGAGUUGCUUGUUUUUAAAUUAUCAAAAAAAACUUAAUACUUUCUGAGAUAUUGCAAUAAGUAUAUCUUCUUGAGAUAUCCUGUAAAUAUAUAAAUAAAUUAAAUCUUUUCAAUUAGAAAUAUUUGGUUAGGAGGACAUUCAGCUGGUGCUCAUUUAGCUGCAUCUAUGAUACAUCCUGAAGUACAUGAAAAUAUUGAUAUUAAAGGGUUCAUACUCAUCAGUGGAAUAUUUUAUCUUAAUCCUUUAAUGAAAACUUCUAUUAAUAAGGCUCUAAAACUGAAUGAGUAAGUAAUAUAAUUAUUUUGAAGAAUUUUGUAAUUAUGUUUAAUGGUUCAAAAUUAUUUCUACCAGUUUAAUGUAUAUUUAUUUAUAAUGACGACUUUACAUAUUCAUUUUUUUUUCUCUAAAAAAAGCGAGUUCAGUAUAUAAUAUAGUAUUAAACUUUUAUGUACCUAUCAACUUCUUUAUUAUUAAGGCCUCUGCCUUAAUAAUAACUUCUUAUAGCUCUAAAAAAAACACUAAAUACACAAGGUCAUAUGCAAUUAAAACCCUUAUAAUAGCACUAAAAAUAUGCUCUUAUAUUUUUUUAACCGAUUUGUUUAAAAAUAUAUUCAUAAUUUUUUUUACAAAUUCCUUUGUCCUAUUUAUUAUUAAUAUCUAUCUAAUGGAACAUUGUGAUCAUCUCACUUAUUAUAAUUAUUUUAAUAUACACUAAUCUCUAUAUGAAUACAUUCAUUUUUAGGAGUAUUUGCUUGGAACUAAGUCCAUUAAGUAUAUUAAAUAAAUUAGAUUUUUCAUGCAAAACUAGUUGUAUAAAAGUUUUGGUGGCUUAUGCAGAAAACGAUUCUCCAGCUUUUCAUUAUCAAUCAUCACAAUUUGUUACAGUAAGUUAUAACAAAUAAGUACCUUAGUACCCUAUUAAGUAUUAAGUGCUUAAUACCUAGGUAUUAACUAAAAUAUAGCAGUAAUUAUUUUUAUUUUUUUUAUUUUUUCAAUUAAGAAAAUUAAAUUAGUAUUUUUCUAUAUAAUCAUGGUAUUAGCAAUUAAUACAAUUUAAAUAUAAUAUCAAAUAAUGAUUUAAAAAUUAAAAAAAAAUUUUCUCAAGAUUAAUCUAAAUUCAUAUUGACUCUAAGUUCAACAAUUUUUUUUAAUACGCUAUCAUCUCACUAAAAUUGUAUUAAAGUUGUUUGUGUACUAUUUUCUAUCUUUACCUUGCUUGUUGUUAUGUCGUAUGUUCCUAUGUUGCAUAAGUAAAUCAAUUUCUGACUCAUAACAGUCGUAAACCUAAUUAUAAAUAUAAUAUUAAAUCUAUUCUCUAUAAUAAAUAGUAAAUACUUAUGUAAAGAACUAUAAUAUUUUAUAUAUUGUAUGUAUUUUAGUUGUUGGACAAACUUGGCAUUAAUGUGAUAAAAGAACAAAUAGAUGGAGUUGAUCAUUUUGAUAUUGUAGAAAAUCUUUCAAAUAAUGACUACACUCUCACGAAACUUAUUAUAAAUUUCAUUAUAAACUAAACUCAUCGAGUAGAUAUAUUUUAUUAUAUUAUAAUUUAUAAUUACUAUGUACGAGUUCUAUUUUUGAGAAUAUUAAUGAAUACUUUUGUGAAUCAAUUUUGAUUUCUAGUGUGGUUUAUUAAGAAUGUCAACUAUAAACCUCGUCCUCCCAACCGGAAACAAUUAACAUUAAUACCUACAUUUCUCAUAAACACACAUUAGAAGAUUUGAUUUUAUAAUUGUUUAAAACUAUUAUUUGUUUGUCUCCUGUAAGUGAAAUUAAAAAA